UACACGUAAGUUUAACUGAAAUGCCACCCGUCACAACACAAACAAACAUGUUGGUUGACGGUGUGUGUGUAGUGGUACAGUAAAACAAGCCAACGUGUUUGACAGUCCCAGAAGCAGGAUUUCAUCAUAUUGCUUAGUAUGCCGGGACCGAGUGGAUCAAACAAAGAGCAGACCACAACACACGCCGACUUGGCAGAUUUUUCAGAGGAAUAUUUAUGAACAGUUUGGUACUGUAAUUGUACAAGUGUGUCACAACCAUGUGUAGUGUGGAUCCAGAUGAAUUAACCGUGAUGACACGUGCCACUGGAGGACUGGACAUUUCAGGAGGGGAUGUGAUGUGUCGCAAGUGUGGGGAGUCAGCGGCAGAAGUGGUGCUCAGAGUCAAGGAUGCAUAUUGCAGGUUGUGCUUCUUGUCUUAUUUUGUACACAAGUUUCGUUCCACCAUUGGGAAGUCAAAACAGAUCCAGCCAGGGGACCGUGUGUUAGUGGCUACCUCAGGGGGACCAUCGUCUGCCGCCCUCCUUCACUUGAUACGAGAGGGUCUAAAUGAAAAUUCUCAUAAGAAGUUGCGCUUUGAACCUGUUUUUCUCUAUGUUGAUGAAAGUUGUGUCAGCAACAGUCCUAAAACAGGCCCAGAGUAUGUAGAAAAAAUCUGUAGCGAGGUCAUAUCAAGGGAUUUUCUGUGUUAUGUUACAUCAUUACAACAAGUCAUGGCACCAGAAGCACAUCCUCCUGUCUUAUUUACUAAGGAAUGGAAAGAGAUGAAUCUUCCAGGCAGUCCAGAUCUUGACAAGAAAUUGUGUGAGCUCCUCACCUCCUGCAGGAGUAUAUCAGCUCAGCAGGAUCUACAUGAACAGCUGAGACACAAAGUUAUCUUGCAAAGUGCUCAUGACUUAGGUUACACAAAAGUAUUCUUUGCAGAUAAUUCAACAAAAUUAUCUAUCAACAUCUUGUCACAGGUGGCAGUAGGAAGGGGCUCACAGCUACCAAGUCGAGUGCACUUUAGGGCACUUCACCGGGAUGUAGAAGUUUAUCGACCCAUGAGGGAAAUCCUGGAGUAUGAAAUCCAACAGUAUAUUCUUCUCCAUGGGCUGACUAUACUGCCAGCUCCAUCAUUUAACCCUGAGGGCACCAGCAUUGUAUCAUGCACAGAAGAGUUUAUUCUUGGCCUGCAAAAAGACUUUCCUGCUACUAUUCCAACAGUAUUCCGCACAGGAGACAAAUUGAUGUCCACCUCUUCAGGCAGCAGCAAGUGUUCAACUCCUGAUGUGAAUGGUGAUAGUGGCAGUAAGUCAACAGCAAACGUGAACAAUGAUCCCUGUGUCAUGUGUGGUUCUCAAAUAGACACAGGUCAAUGUGAGGCAUCAGCUUUCAUUGCAACUCUUGUGUCUCAAAAGCUGUCAUGUAAUCACCCAUCAGUGCACACUUUACAACAAAAUUCUACAAAUAGAAUUUCAGAUGGGAAAAGUAAGAUGAUCUUGAAUGGAGAAGUGAAUGACUCCAAUGAGCUAAAGAACACUGUAAGUAAGACUGAAGAUUCUUGUGACUGCAGCCAGAAUUCAGAUUGCUGUGAUGGAGCCAAAUCCACUGCAAAUUCAGGACUUAAACUUCUAACUAAAGAUAUGAUAGAAGAUCUUCUGUGUUAUGGAUGCCGCAUCAUUCUGAAGGAGAUGACAGAGGUACAACACCUUCCUGUUAAGAUGAAGCAAACAGCAGCAGAACUGGAACGACGGAGGCAUAUGAGGGCACAUAUUCAAGACUUCCUAUUGUAAUGAAACACUUUCUACUAGUGUAGAAAGUAAGUGAUGAAACUAUACUAAAGUACUGUACUCCACUGACAAGUUUACUCCUUAAGCUCUUUUUCACACAAGGAUUUAUUGACACCCCCCUAAAAAAAAUGCUCAUGUGAAUGAGAACUUACUCUUCACUUGAAUUCCAUUUCCAUACAGUUUACAAAUGAGAAUAAAACCUUUAUAGUCUUC